UUUCCCCCACAAGGGCUUCACUUUUUCAUCACUUUUCGUAUGAUUCUGCAGCCUCAAGAUAUUUUUUGCAUGAUACUCAUAUACAGAUAAAAAUUCAGAUAUCAAAUUUUAUUUUCUUCUGCAAAAAAAAUAAAAUAAAAUCACUGCCUGCCUUCACUUCUCGAUGAAUUCAAGGAGGUUUAAAUCUCGUAAAUCAAGAACCAAAGCUAGAAAACCCAAGUUCUUGAGCCUCCGCCUUAAGCUUUCGCCGGACGAAACUAAAACACCUGAAAAAUCCACUGAAAUACCCACCUCUUCAUCCGAAGCUGCCGCCGCCUACGGUGGUAACUGCCACCAGCUGGACCUAUUCCCACCACACCCAGAAAAUUUGGUGGAAGAAAAGUAUACAUAUAUCCAUGAUCAAGACAACGUUGCUUACUUCUUCUCUGCAGGGGAUGGCGGAGCAACUACUACUCUCAACGGCCUCCUCGACGACUCCAACGUCACCACCUCUUCCUUCAAUAACAAUAGUAUCAGCAUCACCAGUUUGUCGCCAUCAGCUUCGCUAACGUACGCCUGCGGAGGAAAGGACAGCGAGCUUGCACGGACGGCGUUGAGGAACACGGAGAGAGAACCCAGUGAAGAAAAGUGGGUGUAUUACUCGGAGAUGGUCGAGAGGAAGGUGAAGGAGGAGGAGGUUACUAGCGGCGCCGCUGAUCUAAGGUGGAAAGAUCCGGCCGACAAGACAAAAAGGUUGUCUUUGAAGCUGGAUUAUCAGGAUAUUUUGAAUGCUUGGUCCGACAAAGGUCCUCUUUACAUUCAUGCAGAGACUCCACAAACUGUCCCUGAUAUUAACGAUGAGUUUUUUGCCCAUGGGGUGAGUUGGGGAUGUAAUGGGGGAUCAUGGACAGUACCAGUAUUGGCUGGAAAUAUCCAUAAUCCUGGGAUUGGAGCGAAGAAAGAAGAGGAAAUGAAGUUAGGGAAAAGGGAAGCUAGCGUUUUGAGGUACAAGGAGAAGAGGCAGAAUCGACUCUUCGCCAAGAAAAUACGUUAUCAAGUCAGAAAACUUAAUGCUGAAAAACGUCCUCGUGUUAAGGGUCGAUUCGUCAAAAGAGAUUAGAUGAUAUAUCUUCGAUGACUUGGACAAUUAGCAUCAUAUUUUUGUUUCUUCUUAUGAAACUCCCUUUGCAGAGGUACUGUAUAGAAUAAAGAAUUUUAUUUGCUGCCAACCCAUAAAACUUAUUAGUUGUAUGUAAAUUAGCACCAAAAAUUCGAUUUUAAUUUCCUAUA